GGUGUUUUCACUUGUCAGGACAAGCAGAGGCCCACAGUCAGCAGAUAGAGAGAGAGAGGGGAACAGAGUGGAUGAGAGAGAGAAACAAAAAGAAACAGGGAGACUGAUAAAGUAUGAAGAGGGAUGAAAGUAAGAGAGAGAUACUGUAGUUUGAAGAGGAAGAAAAGUUUGAAUUUGAAUUUUAUAAGGAAAUACAAGAGAGAGAAGGAGAGAGAUAGAAACACUAAGGGGUGUGUCAUAGCAAUUUAGUUCCUCAAGGAAGUACAACUGACAUUUAUCUUGAGAUGGUGGCGAGCAGCACAGAUAGACGCGACACAGAGGGAUUUUAUUUUAUUUUCACCUGAUAAGAUGAAGGGAUUCCAUUAACGAGUGCUCAAUGCUGACAACCUGAGCCACGUGCCGUGGGGACUGAGACAUUUGACACAAAGGAGGGAGGGGGACUCUCACACACACAGGUAAGGAUGGAGUCAUUCAGCUCCAAGGAUAUGGCCAUGCAGGCCCAGAAGAAGAUCCUCAGCCACAUGGCCAACAAGUCUGUGGUCCAUAUGUUCAUAGACGACACCAGCAGUGAGAUUCUGGACGAGCUCUACCGUGUUUCCAAAGAGUAUUCAGGCAACCGCUCAGAGGCCCAGAAGGUGGUGAAGGACCUGAUCAAGAUAGCAGUGAAGAUUGGCGUGCUGUUCAGACACAACCGUUUCAGCCCAGAGGAGCUGAGUCUGGCCCAGGACUUCAAGAAGAAGCUACAUCAAGGAGCCAUGACAGCCAUCAGCUUCUAUGAGGUGGAGUUCACCUUUGACAAGAUAGUAAUGUCGGAGAUCCUGACAGGUUGCAGAGAUCUGUUGUUGAAGCUAGUCGACUCCCACCUCACGCCCAAAUCCCAUGGUCGCAUCAACCACGUAUUCAACCAUUACUCCGAUCCAGAGCUUCUGACCCAGCUGUACAACCCUGAUGGAUCCUUUAAACCCAACCUCACCAAAAUCUGCACCGGCCUCAACCGUCUGCUGGAGGAGGGGACAUUAUGAGAGUUUUCUUCGUGCAUUUGGUGAUGGUGAGGGGCACUGCACCAAGUAUGGCUUGCUGAUGCAUUCUGGGAGAGGUGACGACCGUGGCACUGUUUGACCUUGUAAAUCGACGGUCUGUUGUCUUGCUGGUACAAGCUGCUUCCAAAGAUGUCAAACUGUGAUGGAAAACCCCAGAACCUUGACAAAAUCAAGCAUUGUAUGAAGACCUAAGCACAUAAUACAGUGUUGUCCAAACCAUGGGGUCACGAGAAAAAUGUAAAUACAUUUGUUUUAAAUUGCGGUUGCCACUUGAUGCAAUUAACAGAACGGUUUCUGUUUUCGUCCUACAAAUAUGUCUCCAUCUUUUGAACCGUAAGCUUCAAAAUGUUAUGACCCCAUCACUCAAAGACAAGACUUUGUUUCCUUCUAGAGUGACCACAAUGCUGCAUUGAAAUAGUUAGAGUGGACAAGACCAGGAACUAAAUCAGACUUUUUUAGACAGAAGAUCAUACAAAAAUAUUGCCUGAUCAUCUUCUGAACUUCCCAAUACCUUUCUGUUGCAUUUCUGUCACUUCAAACCAUACUUUAUUCAGAUUGAAAUACUGUCAAAAGUACUGUCUUAGUCACAAUUUAAAAAAAGAAACAUUGGCUGUUGAUUACAUACCCUUUUUUUUACAUGGUGGGGUCGCACAAUUUUUUUUAUUUCAAAAUGGGGUCGAGGGCCAAAAAAAUUUGGGAACCCUUGACAUAAUAACAUGCUACUGAUGUCAUGACAUCAUCACAUUGACACCCUACUCGUUUAGAUGGAUAUUAUCAUUUCAUCAAAGUUAAAGCUGCAAUAUGUAAUUUUUGGGCGACUGACCAAUUACACAUAGAAAUUUGUGUUAUAGAUCUGUCCUUCUCAUUGAAUGCAAGUCUAAAAAGCUGUAUAUGUUCUAUGUGAGCUAUUUCUAUGCUUCCUUUUCUUAAGCUCGUUUUUGCAUAUUUUUCUUUCGGUUUUGUACACCAUCUUCCAACAGUUGAAAACAAUAUUUUUGUUUAUGGAAAAGGCAUUUCACAGCAGUUUAGAUGGUACAUUUGUGGCGAAAUCUGCACGGAGCCUUCACCGUGCACUGCCACUUUAAGAGCGCAUGAGCAGUAAGGAAGGAGGAAAUGAAAAGAGCUCAAUCAGCUCUUUGGGGAGGGGCUCUUGGAUGGCGCGACAGUUUGUUUGAGUGAGUGAGUGAGUGAGUGAGUGAGUGAGUGAGUGAGUGAGUGAGUGAGUGAGUUGCAGAAGUUUUGUUUGUUUUCAACGUUUGUAGUUUAAAGUAUGUAACUCAAUCAUCGGUGUGAUCGCUUUAGAUCGUGGUGGUUUUUGUUUGGGACCGAGCCUGUUAUGGAUCGCAUGGAUUAGUAGCAACAUCGUUGCGAAGCUUUAACAUACAAACCAUCGGACAGUCAGACCGUACACCGGCAGCCCUGAAGACAACAGCUAAGAUUUCUCUUUUUCUCUCUCUUUCUCUUCCCUCUCAUUCCAGUGCUUCACCCUGCAACAGACUCUCUAUUUUUCAAAUGCACUUCCCAUUGAAGUUCAUUAGAGCUGGACUAUUAUUGCCCUGCCAGAAGUAUUUUGAUGGACAUUUUAGUUAAAAGGGAGGUUGCUUGCAAGUUGUGUAUUAUUAUGUGAACUGUAUUGAGGUGAGGUGUACUAAUGACAUGUGGUCGAGAAGACUGUGGACAUUUUUAAGGCCUUUGUUGUGUCGAUGAACACCCCCCACAUUCAUACCCUCUGCACUCAUCCACUAGAAAAUAAUACAGAUUAUUGCAAAUCCUCUGAUGACUGGGUUCGCUCUUGUAUGAAGUUGCUGUUUAAUUGUUCUGCCAUUAUUAGUAUUAUUGUAUGAGGUAUUCUUGUUGGGGUUACCCCUGUGCUGUGAUGUGGGUUUUAUAUGGUGUGUAUUCUCUUUUCUCUCCACUGGCUAUCUGGUAAACAGGAUACACUCUAGGCAGUCUCUUCUGCUGAUGUGUGUGGGUCUGGUAGUGGUACUCUCUCUAUUCUACUCUUUUCCUUUCGGCAUGGUUAAUACCUGCCUGGCGCCCAAACAAAAUCUUUCUUUACCCCUCUCUAAUAAAUACCACUACACAUUGAUUCUCCA